ACCGAUUAAUCAUUCGAUUCGAACAAUCGAACAUUCAGUCAGUGCGACAACACUAUUUUGAAGGCGAGUCUGUUGAAUUAAACGUCAAUUUGGGUUUUUGUUAUUAUUCAGAAAUGUAUUACUUCUCACGCUUCUAUAAUGUUACUUUAUUUGAUUGUCGUCAUAAAUAAGUAAUAGUUUGUGUUUUGUGUGAAACUAAUUACUACGACUUUCAUCUCUACUCAACUUGCUUUUUUGGUAACCUUAAAGUUAAUUAAUGUUUACAAUGCCGACGAAUUUCGAGAUAUCGUAGCCAUGGAUUCUAUAGAAGACGGUGGUUGUGUGAGAAAAUCCUAUAAACUGAAUAGUGACGAUGAUAUAAGUAGGAAUUGUAAAGGAGCAUCAAAACAGCGAGGUUUGAAUGAGAAUAGUGAAAAUGUGCGUCCUGCGUCGGAUUCCAUUUCCAAUGACACAAACUGCGUACAACCGAAUGAUAGCCAUUCAAGGCGCUCCAUCUGCUCGAGUAGCGGUGAGCCAGGGCCAUCGGGGAGACUCGUCGCCGACAGUGUGGAGUGUUGUAAUAAAAACAUAGCUAGCAGCCAGGCUGUAGGUGCCAGGGUCAACAACAGUUACCUUGAAGUUGCAGGCAGCAGCAAGGCUGAGGCCAUUGCGCGAGACAACGGCAUCCCCAGCACCCAGGAACUACAGACCUGCCAGAGACACAAAGUCUGCCAGGAAAAAGCUGGAAACACCUACAAUUUCAAUUUCCCCUCAACAAGUGCCACAAGCAGGGUUUGUGAUAAUUUCUUUGACAAUGCAGGACUGAGAGAAAAUAGGAAGAGGCCUUCAACUUUAAAGUUAAACAGGCCUAACUUAGAUGCAGAUGACAGCUCAAGUGACACUGGAAAUGAUGACUACUCUUUAGGCUCUGAGGAUGGUUGUAUCUACACUUACAGAGGUGGGGAGCACUUGGCAGACCUGCCUAGCUCCUUUUUUAGUCUUGACAUGGGUCUUCCCCUGGACAGGCACCUCCCCAUACCCCCAUUGUACCAACAGCAACCUGCAGGAGCAAACGCUAGAGAACAUGGCUCUAGAGCUUCAAGCCCUGAUAUGGACUUUUUAGAAAUGGACUUUGACCCUGGGCCCUCUUGUGAAGUGGACACUGGUGAUGAGUCCACACCAGAUGCUGAUUUAGAUGUGGCUGUGAACAUGCCUGAGGAAAAUGAGCCUAUAUUACGAGAACCUACACCAGAAUUUGUUCCAUUAAGAAACCCUGAGCCUAGUAGACCACUUAGUUCAACAUCACAAUGCCCGGAGUCUUCUGGCCACCAUUACAGCAUGCCAUCAACUAGCAGAGGCCUUCCUACAGCACACAGUAGUGCAAGAGAAGAUCCAGGGAAUAACUAUACCUUUGGGCCUUACAUUACCCAUGUUAAUUUUAAAGGUGAACAGCUGAAAGUUCGCAGAACAAUGGCACGGGGUCCCUGCAUUGUGCCUGUCAGCUUGCAUCUUACAAAUGGGGACUUGAUUACACCUAGAGAAGUAUUACAUCACGACGAAAAAAUGGAAGAAGAGGAGUCACCCCUUGCACAUCAGAUCAACCAAGGUGAAGGGUCGGGAAUCGACCCUGUCAAUGUCUCCACUGCUCUGUUCCACAUGACCAUGGCCAAGAAAUUGAUGCUCGAGAAGAAUCGGUUGAAUGAAGAAUCUGAAGGAGCUGCGGCGUCCGGGGAAGGCCCGUCAAGUUUGGGAGUAGCUGACCCACCUACCAGCAUGGUAUGGUCAGAGCGGGAGGCGUGCGAGCGCCAAGUGACGCAGAUAGGCGUCAGCGCGUGCGGUGCCACCGCCGUUGUUAAUGUUUUCAUUGCAUUAGGUGUUCCAGUAAACAUAGAAAAAAUCAAUACAGCUGUUGGAACAAGACAGAGAGCUAACAACGCUCCAAUACCCAGGUACCUGUUAUCGCGUUCCGUGGCCGGCUGCACGGCGGCCGACCUCGUGAACGGGAUCCAGAAAGCUUCGGAAGGGCUGGUGGCGGCCAGGUUCUUCCCGAUGUAUCCGGAGCGAGCAGUGUCUCUCUCGCAUUGGCUGGCGGACUGGAUAUCAAUAGGGGCCGUCCCAAUUUUAACAAUGAACCUGCAAGUGGGCUGCGAAGGCGAAAUCCCCGACGCGUGGCACCAUCAAAUGGUGUUCGGCGUCUCGCCCCGCGGCAUUUACCUCAGCAACCCCGUAGAAUGUACAAGAGAAUGCGCGUUAUGGCCGAAACUCACGUCGCCGUCGGUUCUGCUGGUUAGAACGAGAGAUGUGCUGUCGAGAUUCACCCCGGAUACCGAUCUCACCCCACUGAUGGCUGUGCCGGAUCGGAGGUUCAACACGUUUAACGUAUUAGGUCAAGUAGUGAACGUGAUACGCUCGUGGCGCGCGGCCGAGCCCCCGGCGCCCGGGCCGCGCCCGCGCUACGUGCGGCUGCCGGCCGCCUACCAGGCCGGCGCCACCGUGGCCGCGCUCACCGGCUCCGCCGCGCACCGGCGCCUCGCCACGGCCGCGCAGCUGCCCAUCCUGGCGCCGCACGUCGACAAGUUCGGUGUCGGCUAAUGAUCAGUUUAACUUCUGUAACCGACCUACUGCACAGUUUAUCCAGCAACACAAAGUUACGUAUUCAAUAUGUUUAUUUAUUAUCUUAUGAUAAGUCUGUGGUUAUUGCGAUAUGUUGAGGCUUGUUGCAUGAGAAUAUCUUCUAUUAUUCGUCACUUACGGGAAUUGGUAUAAAAAUACUCUUCAGUAAGACUUGAAUUUUUACGUAAAACGUAAAUAAGAAUAUUUCUAAUCAAGCCAACCACCUGGCCAAGACAAAAUAUCUCAUUAUGGUUUUUGUGGUGUUUUGUAUUGUGUGAACAUCGCAGCUUUGAAAUUAAUGUUUCCUCUUGGUUUUAUUUCCAUAGGGGAUAUUACGCAAAACUCUGCGUAGGGGGCGCCACUAGCACGCAUUGAGGCCCUCCCGCGAAACACGAAAAUCGUAAUUUCGUUGUCUGCCUCUCUAUCACUCUUGCAUAUUCGAGCGAUAAAGAGGCAGAUAACGAAAUUUUGACUUUCGCGUUUACAAACCGCCUUGAUCAAUCAUCAUCAAUAUGAUAACGAAAACUUCUCAAAAAACUUUUUUAGGCAUAGUAUGUUUAAGUUACUCUAUGGUUUACAAUAUGUGCUAGUGCUGCUCUCUGGCCGCAGAACAUUGCAUUAAUACCCCCUAUUUGUGCAGGAUAGUACAUUUUCCAACCACGCACAUAGUCAUUUACAUGCAAACCAACUGUACCAUUUCCAUACACAUAUAACGUCAUAUGGACGGGAUAAAAUGAUGCGUUCAAUCCAUUAAGUUAUUAUUACUAUAGAGAAGCCAUACAAAACAAAGAAACUCGCAAUUGCAACCUGUACCACGAAAAAACCCAAAAGUUACUACCUCCGUUCGAAUUUCAACCUUAUAAUAAUUAGCAUAAAGUUCAAGACGACGAUUGUGUUAUGGUCGGCGGUAACUUCUGGGAAUAAUCCAAUAUUUGUUGAGUUAUUGUAUUCUACUCAUAAGCAAGAAACAGCAACAUAACAAUGGAUGUAAAAGCAAUGUUAUGUUAUGUAUAACAUUAUAUUUUUGGAAUAUACUAUGAUAGAA